AUGCCUCGAACCAGCUUGAGAUUGCACGCCAAUUUAAAGGCAUCCGAAGUGAACACUAGGAGAAUCUGGAUGCCGCUUCAUCUUGACAACCUUGACUAUCCACAGAACGUGCUUGAUCGCCAGACUGUCCUCGAUCUUAUUCGAAGUGUCUAUGAUCCAUUGCUGAUUGCUUGGCUUGCUGAUCCAAGUCAUACCUGGGUAAACCAGUUCUCAAGAAGGUCUUCCGGCAACCAAUUCCAAACACAGAUUCUCGCUAGGAUGGGAGAGCUGCCAUCAAGUAUUCAAUCGAUAGAGUCCGAGAAAGUUCUUGGUGAAAUUCUAUACGAUAUUCUUAGAUUUUACCGACUCACCGAUGCCGCCUGGAGGGUACCUGCUCUAGGCGCUGCUACCACUCCGCCUUCCCCUCCCCCUCCUCCCCCUCCUCCUGCUGCCCCUGCUCCUGACGCUAUGCCUGCCGAAGGGGAAACUGGGGACGUGCUUUCUGCUGCUAUUGCCAUAGGGGUGGUUAUCGCUGCUGCUAACCUAGAAGUGCUUACAGAUGCCGCAACCCAAGUACUUGAUCCUGCUACUGCUGCCCGCCAUCCUACUCCGCUAGAGAUACUUGCAGAAGUUGCAAGCUCAGCUGAGCCUAGUCCAUUAGUUUCUCCUACUGCUUCCCUCGACAUACUUGCUGCUGCUGCUGCCACACUUCCAUAUGCUCCUAUGCCCACCCCUGCUGCUGCCCCCACCCCGGUUGACUCUCCUGCUCCUAGAACCAAGCGAGGUAGGGAAGAUGAGCCUGAGUAUGAGUCCGAGGAACCUGCUAAGAAGAAGCAAGCGGUGAGUCCGAAGUAA